AUGGAAUAUUUGGAUGGUUACUACACAAUCCCUGAGAAUUCUUCAACACAAGUCCAACAACAAAUAUAUACAGCCAUGGAUAAAAUGCAUCAAAAAGAUUAUGUUCAUGAUGAUAUAUGUGAUCAGAAUAUACUUAUCAAAUACAGCAAUGAUUAUGAUUGGGCUGAUGAGAAUGGAAAAACAAUCUAUCUUGCAUUUCUGAACCUUGGAAUUCCUCAUUAUCAUGAUGCCAGCCCAGGUGAUUUCAUUAUGAAAGAACAUGAUGAUGGAUUUAUGGUGAACAAAUACAAAAAUUAA